AUGCUGCCAAAAUUACUCGAUCGGAUGGUCACUUUUAACGGCGUUUCAGGUAAUCACCGGCGACCGGCGGAGGAAGAUCGGCAAACCGAGAACACGCCGCCUUCUAGGUCCUCGACUACCGGUGCUGUUCGCCAGCGGUCAUCUCCACAGCCUGGGGAGCAGAACGCGGACUCGAGGCCACAGAAACGCGCUCGAAAAGCCAUUAAUUGUGAGCCAUGUCGAAAUAGCAAACUAAAAUGCGAUAGGAACCGACCGUGUUCGUCCUGUGUAUUGCGGGGGACUGCUGCUUCAUGCUACGCGGAUGCGCGAGGUCACGAGAGAAGUAACGAUCCCCUCCGAGGCGAUGAUCGUCCUUCCUUCACCCGUGUUGACCCUGCUCAGGAAUUUGCUCGCGUACGACACUCACUCAAUCUCCUUGAGUCGUAUGUCUUCCCAACGUCGCGGCCCCCUGCAGUCACUCCCAGACGGCAAGGUGAACCGUCUAAUUUCGUGCCUAAGAAGGAGCUACUUGAUCCGGACGUGGGCGAUGGGUCCGCCAACAAUGCUCCAGGCAUGCUUGCUAGCUCAGGGCAGGGCGGUCUCUACGCGGGCCCGACAAGUGCCGCUACACAUCUGCUUGCGGGGGCAAGUGAUUCGGAUUCAGCGGACAGUCGGCACGGCAGCCAGGAAAGGACCGUUGAGGAAUUCUCGGCUCUUCCUCCAGAGUAUGACCGCGAUCUCCUUGCAAUGCUGCCUUCCCUUGACGUCAUCGAUGGGCUUAUUACCUUCUACUUUGAAUGCUGCAACUGGGUCUAUCGGCACGUCAAUGAGAAGGCGUUCUCAUCUCAGUGGGAUCGUUUUAAAAGCGGAAAGUCUGCCGACCGGAUUGUUCUUGCAACCGCAUGCGUCAUCAUGGGGGUAGCAGCCCACUACCUGCCAUCAGACCAUCAACUUUUGGAGCAGUUCUCCGAGACUCCUCAAGAACAAGGAAACAAGUUUUUUGAUGUCUCUCAAAUGGCAUUACAACGGCGGCACGCUGAAAGCAAAAAGUAUAAUAUUGAACUGGUCGAAUUGCUCCUAAUCCAGGGUCACUAUCUUACAUUGGCGAAGACAGAGAGUGAACAGGUCUGGCAGAUACGAGGGGAAUUGGUGACGAUAGGUACAGCCUUGGGCUUACAUAGAGACCCUGGGAGAUGGCGAAUGCAUCGGGACGUCGCGGAGCGGCGGAGAUGGGCAUGGUGGCAUAUCAUCCUACUUGAGCGAUGGCAGGCUUUCAUGUUUGGGCGGCCGAUUUGCAUUGCGUCGCAUCAUUUCGACACUCAACUACCAUCAUACUGCGACCCUGCUAUAGACAAGACGGGUCGACUAUACCUUCCGAACAUUGCACUCUUUCGUCUCGCUUACAUAUUAGGUGACAUUAUGGAUGACGCUGUCUCUAUACGUCCCGUACCCUACGAGAGUGUACAAGCCAACGAUCGCGCCCUAACGCAAUGGAUGGACAGUCUUCCGGCGGAACUGGAUCUCGACGAAUACCGGGUCGCGCGAAAUUUGGCGUCAACUGACAACGACAUGCGUCGGCAAGGCGUCCAGAGCGUUAUAAUACGAACUUCAUAUUAUCACAUCCGAUUCACCCUCCAUCGCCCAUACGCCGCCUGCGCGCACCAAUCAACAUCACGCAUUGAUAGCCAAAACGCAGCCGAAAGUUUAGAAAUCUCUGUCAGCGCUGCCGACAAACUGAUCACGAUGGUCGGCCAAUCACGCCCUGAUUUCUUGGCAAACUCGUCACUUGCGGUACCGGGACAUAUGAACUGGGGCACCUUCCAUUGCUUCUCAGCAGCGAUGUUUUUCUCAUUCCAGUUGAUUGCCAAUCCGGAUCAACCAGGGGCUGGACUAUUCCGUGCCAGUAUUCGGAAGGCACUGUCGACAUUGGAACAGGCUCGGGGAAGUGCUGUUGCAGACAAGGCAUUCGACAUUUUGCAAGCCAUCUCACCGCUGUAUUCUGGCGAGCUCACGCAUCUCAGCCCAGAAGACAAGGAGAAGGAGCGUGGGCACGUACUGAGUCUAGUCCGCAAACUUGCUUUCCCGUAUCACGACUCACACGGACCACGGCGGUAUGGUGAAUCCGUUUCUAGCGGCCGAGGUUCUGCAGAUUCCCCGGCUGGUUCAUCUGUGAGUCCGCCUAUGCAAAUGGUGACCACGCUUCCACCGAGGCAGUAUGACCCUCUGCAGGCACAGACACCCAACCUCCAAGGGACUCCGCAGACCGGAUAUCAAGGGUCGAUAUCGGGUACGAUACACUCAUCGCCGGGGCUACAUUUGUCGCCUUCGAUAGUGUCUAGCCAGGGCGGGCAGAAUAUGUCCACGCCGGCGUAUCAGCCGGAUCCAUAUAUACUGAUGCAGCAGCAGCAGAUAUACGGUGAGAACUCUAGGUACAACAGCUCUUAUGGCCAUGUAGACGACACAUCAAUGUGGGGCGCCGCGGUAGGAUUCGGGCAGGGCGAAUGGACGCAGUUCUUGGAGGGGAUGUCUGGUGCGGCACCUAAUAUGAAGACAAAAGCUAAAGGACAGCAUGUACGACAGAAUAGAUGA